AUUAAGAUGGCGAUGUUGUUUUUCGCGUGAUUUUCUGAAGGCGCGUUAUCAAAAUAACAAUUGGAAUUCUUUGCUAUUAUAAUUGAAAGGGUAAUUUGUUAGUGUUUUAAUAUCAAUGUUCAGCAAUAAAUCUCAACUGCGGAAACGGACCCCUGAAAAUGGAACAGACAGAGAAAGUUUCCUGUCGCUUUUAGUGGAUGAAUACCUGAACACUACUUCUUUUGAUGCUAAAUGCCAGGUUUUAGCUAAUUUGGCUAAUUUUGCAUACGACCCAAUAAACUACGGCUACAUAAGGAAUGUUGGUGUUCUGGACAUAUUCCUUUAUGUCCUGAAAAAGGAGACAAAUCUAAAGUUGUUGCAUUUUGCCUGUGCUGGCAUCUGCAAUUUGUGUAUAGAUCCUUUGAAUUCGGAGUACAUUUUGACUCAUGCUGGAUUGAAGCCGUUGCUGGGACUGCUCAAGUGUGAACAAACCGAUACAGUGUGUGAUACAAUUACGGCACUACUUUACUUGUACAAUCAAAAAACAAAAUCGCAAAUUACUACACCUGAAGUUGUACAAAUAAUGCAAGAAUUCACUAAAUCAAAUGAUAAGAGACUUGUCAAUUUGGCUACUGUAUUUUUGCAAGAUGUAUGUAACUCAGACUGAGUGAGUCAAGUUAAAAAAUAAGAGCUCAGAAAAAAACAGUCAAAAUGAAUAAAAUGCUGUCAAACAGAUUCCCAUACAUUGCUAUGAAUAAUAAGAACUAUCAAAAAAUAUGUAAGAUCCACACGACAACAUUUAGCAAUACACCUUUUA